AAAAGCUGAAGUGGUUGCCUUGCCGUGGGUAAUUUGGAGCAUGGGCACCAAUCGGCAGCACACUCUGACCCUUCCGAUCGCUUAUCGCUAUCUACCCAAUCACGCGCCACGCUGCAAAGACUACAGCUCGCGAACUGGCCUUUGUUAUAAUAUAAACAAUGAAGCAAAGAAUUACAUACUUGUUGCACGAGGCUGGUGGUGUUGAUCCUGCGACACUUGAUGUCAGCGAACAUUCUUUAAAAUUGCCCGAACUCAAAGCUGCCAAAGAGUGGAGAGUUACGCUGGGCACACGCGAACUGCCAAAGGAAAUAGCACAAGUACUCGAACAGAGUCAUGAAAUACACAUACGCUGGUCUGCUGAGUGGAACUAUGAUGCAGUAACUCCCUUUUCUUCAAGGGUGCCUUCGGGUCUCCAUGUCUUCUACACUCCCGGCGAGGGUGCUUCUACGGAUACACUAUGCCCAAUGCUAGGCAAGGUCUUUGGUGAACCCGUUAAAUGUCAAUCGGUAAAGAGCUCCUUCUCGAUACCCACUAUUCUGUCUGAGCGAUUUGCCAUGUCUGCGAAGUACCAGUAUUACAAGCCUCUAGCACGUCUGACGAAACUCAUCGGAUACCUCUCAUCAACCAUUUGUGACUCAACAGACAUAUCAUGUCAUGCUCAAUUCACAUCACUUGCGCAGGCAAGUUCCUUGGAUCUCGAUUACGACACGAUAUCUCACGCGCUUCGUGCUACCGCGUAUUGGGACUGGGCUGUUGCAGCCGACGGCACCCAAGGUGUCUGGGAUGAAACUCUGACUCUCCAGUCUUCCUCAGACGCUCUCGAAGUUGGCAUCCUAAACAUUGAAAAGGCUACAGAGGAAGGAGAAAUUGGGUUGAGCGGCUUGCUUACUGUAGUUGGAGAAGACACAAAGCCUAGUGCGACCAUGUUCUCCUUCCCUUCAAGGCACCAUGCUGCAUCAAAGCACUCCGACGAGCUUGCUCUCGAGACUUCGUUCCGCCAGCCUACUGGAUUGCACCCUACCUUGGAGCUCAAGUUCCCUGUCAACGCACUGGUACAACCGGACGAGUCGUGCGCCCUCCACGCUUACCUGACCCUACCGUCUGCCGUUUUUGUAGACCGCUAUCAACUUUCGGAUUCUCUAUUCCUUGCUUCGCAGAAUCUGGUUGCUCUGCGUAGUUUGAGUGGUGCCACGGAUCUGGAGGCGCCCGUAUGGACAACACCUCAAUGGGGCUCCGCAGCGCUACUCGAAGUUGCGCAUCCAGAGACUCCAUCAGUCACCAACGACACUUGGACCGUAACGGUUCCGCUACAUACGCGCUAUAUGCCUCCUUCCGCAGACGGAACACACACCGCACAUGUCCCAUGGCCAGCAGUCUUCUGGGCCUGCGAAGCCGAGGAUGGACUGAAGAUGUCUGUGAAUCCAUUUGACCGCACUAAUAUCGGCUACGACGGACUCUUUGGGCCAAAAACUCUGUUCCAUCACAUCGGUGCUGCGGCUGAGACGAAGACAAUGAUGGAAACGCUGGAGAUACCAGUGCUAGACGAGACAAAGACUAGAUUUGUGGAGGUAGGCACUGGAUUGGCUGUGUUGGUUGGAUUCUUGUGGGUGAUGUGGUGUCUUGCAAGAGGAGCGAGCAAGCAAUCUCAGAAAGCAGGAAAGAAAGAGUGACCGGCUGUUGCUUUGCUCUUCAAGCCAGUGGUUCUUACACAGCUUUGUUUAGCCUGUUGGUGCAAAGCAGCCGAGCCACUUUGCUGGCAGAGUCU